UCAUUUCAGCAUUCCUUCACCAGCACUGCCUUAACAUUGGGAAAACCAACGCCUAGAAAUAUUUUUCUCCACCUCCAAUAUUUUUCUGAUGUUGUGAAAUAAUGCCACAUUUCCCAACUAGAUAGUGGUAAUUAAGGAUCCUGGUUGAUUUCUUAAUGCACACAAGAGAAAGGCUGGUCUGAGCAAGCUAAAGAGAAACGGAGAAAAGGAGCAUAAAAAAAGUGAUCAAUGCAAAAGAAGUGGUGAGCUCACAAACUCAGUGAAAACAGGGGGCAGAAAGCAAGGGACUGAUAACAUCCAGAGUCUCCAAAAAUUGUCCAUAGAUUUGGUUCCAGAAUGCUGCAAGAAGCUUCGACUACACUCCAAAAAUGGUUGGAGCAAUCCUGGCCUCAGGAUAAAAUCUAUCUUCAUACUGCCGUGGUUCUGACCUGUGGUUCAACUGCAGCUUAUUUGGUACUGAAAUGGUUAGGCCAGAAAAGAAUUAAAAAACAAAUAGAAGAAACAAGAAGGCAAAGGGAUCAUGGCUUGAUAGAGAUGGAAAAAUCAGUGCAGACAUUUAAAAGCCAGAACCCUGGGUUACCAAGUGAUGACAUCCUUUCUCUACCUCUGGUAGAACUGGUUAAGAAGCUGAAAGAAGACACUUUGUCUCCAGAUGUUGUCCUCUACACCUACAUGGAAAAGGCUUUAGCGGUCACCAAGGAGGUGAAUUGUGUGCGCCAUUUUAUUCCAGAAUGUGAGGCAUUUCUUCAGCAACUGAAAAACCAGAAGGAAAAAGGUUUAUUGUAUGGGGUACCUGUCAGCAUCAAAGACCACAUUGCAUACAAGGACCAUUUGACAACAUGUGGCUUUUCCCAUUUUCUUGAUUUGGAAGAAGACGACAGUGUGUUGGUCAAGGUAUUAAAGAAACAGGGAGCAAAUCCAUUUGUAUUCACCAAUGUGCCACAAUCUUUAUUAAACUAUGACUGCAGCAAUGUAGCUUUUGGGCAGACUGUGAAUCCUUUGGAUCAUAAGAGAACUCCUGGGGGCUCAUCUGGAGGGGAAGGGGCUCUAAUUGCUGGAGGAGGUUCCAUUUUAGGAUUUGGAUCAGAUUUGGGGGGAAGUAUCCGUCUACCCUCCAGCUUCUGUGGUCUUUGUGGGCUGAAGCCAACUGCAGGUAGAUUGAGUGUUUCUGGAGUAAAGGAGCCUUUUCAUCUUAUGUUAAUUUUAGCAACAAUCGGACCAAUGGCAAAGGAUGUGGAUAGUCUUGCUCUAUGCAUGAAGGCUCUCUUAUGUGAUUACAUGUUCCAGCUGGAUCCCACUGUGCCACCUAUGCCAUUCAAUGAAGAGAUUUAUUCAAGCUCUACACCUCUACGGAUUGGGUAUUAUGACACAGAUGGCUAUUUCUUGCUCCCAUCGUGCAUGAGAAGGGCUGUGCAUAAAACCAGGAAGCUUCUGGAAGAAGCUGGCCAUACACUAGUUCCUUUCAACCCACCUUCUGUGGAUUAUGUUAUCGAUGAAAUUUAUCUGAAAGGUAUUUUUGCAGAUGGAGGCUCAAGUCUUUCGGCCUUGUUUCAAAAAGAUAUAGUGGAUCCAGCUUUGAAAGACCAGGUGAAAAUACUUAAAAUCCCAAAGUUGGUGAAGAAAGUUAUGGCCAAGUUCGUCAAGAUCUGCUUUCCCCGAAUGGCUGGGCAGCUGAAUGCAUUGUGCGGAGUGAGGAAUGCGAAGGACCUAUGGGAGAUCCAUAAUGAAUUGAUGGUCUAUCAGAAAAAGUUUAUUGAGCAUUGGAGAAAAAACAAGAUUGAUGUUGUCCUGUGUCCAGUUCUGGGUCCUGCCUUCUUUCUUGGAUAUCCUUCAAAAAUACUUGGUGCUAUCUCUAAUACCAUGCUGUACAAUGCUUUGAACUUCCCUGCUGGAGUUGUACCAGUCACCACAGUUACAGAAGCAGAUGAAAAAGAGAUGGCACAACACCAGGGAAUCUAUGGCGAUUCCUGGGAUAGGACCCUGAAAAAGGCAGUAGAAGGUGCUGUUGGGCUUCCUGUGGCAGUUCAAUGUGUAGCUUUACCAUGGCAGGAGGAAUUAUGUCUUCGGUUCAUGAAAGAAGUCGAGAUGCUGUCCAACAAAGAACAGCAUAAGAAAGUCAUCUGAACCUGAUAAGCAAUUUGGCAGAUCAAGAAUGCAUCUGGACUUAUAAAAAUGAUAGAAUAUCAAGGAAUCUCUGACACAAGUUUGAUCCCAGAAUAUUCAUUGUUCUGUCAAAGGGGUCACCUUUUGUAUGAAUUAUCCACCACUGCAAAUUGUUGUAAAACACUGGUCCUCUUUUUUUGUACUUUAUUUGCCCAAUUGAGGCAUUUCUCUUUCUACUCAUUCACCUUUAUGGGAGAUGGCUGGGUGGACAUUCAUGCUUUCUGUCUUCUACCAUAUUCCCAUCCUUCAUUUGCACUGCAUAGAAAAAAUAGUGAAAUUAGAAGACUUUCCUUGCAAUAUAAAGUAUACCAAGAUCAAAUUGUACAUUGGUUAGAAGUCUUUGCUUGAUUUGUGUAGGCUCCUUAAAUAAUUGAGAACCCAGACAGUCAAUGGUCCUAAGUUAGAGAGGGAGACUAUAUGAGUUCAGAAGGUUUCACUUCAAUAAUUUUUUUCUUCUGACCAAUAGAGGGGAUCUUCUCUCAGUUAGUUGUACAAGCACAAGGUUCAACACUGCUACAGUAUGUGUUGUUAUUUGUGGAAAACCUGGUGUUCUCUUGGUUGUUUGCUUCCAGACAUUUCAUUACCUGACUAGGUAACAUCAUCAGUGAUAGUGAAUGUGAGAUCUGCCUCCUGUUAUGCAGUGUAGAGUAGCUUUUCCUCCUAGUGUUGGUGGAGUAUGGUUUUCUCUCUGGUAGUUCUUUGAUUAGGGUAUUGUUUUCUCCUUGAUUGUUUGUGAGGUGUUAAUCCUUGCUUAUUUGGGGGUAAGCUGCUAGAAAGGAUGUAUUCUGGUCUUUUUGUUUCCUUAUUAGUUUUUUGAAUGGUAUGUAAAAUUGGUUUAUCACUUUGUGUCCAUUGAUGGCUGAUUUGGCUGAAUGGCAGGCUUCCAGGAAUUCAGUAGCAUUUUGGAGGUUUUAAAUUUGGGGUAAUAUCACUUCUACUGAAUGACUGAAAAACUCAUGUUCCAAUUCCAAUACACUACCAAUCACCCUCACUAAUAUUAAGUGCAAGGGUUCAAUCCAGUUAUUGACUUGGAAUAUUGCUGGCUGGAAGAACAAAGUAUCAGAUGGAGACUGGUGAAGUUCUUCUUUAAUCUUGACAUCAUAGCACUUCCAGGACUACAAAUAAGGAAACGAUUAAUUUUGAUCCUGGUGUAUUCCUGCAAGGUUAUAGAAUGGAUAUCAGGAGGACUGACUACACUUGCCAAGACAGAGUUGGGUUUAGCAAGGACUGGAAUUAGUUCUUGUAGAUAACUUUCCCAAUUAUUUAGAAUAAAAAUUUCAUAUAAAUCCUCUGAAAUAUUUCUACUGAAUAUAUCCGCCACCCCAUGUGCCUCCUCACUGUUUUCCUAAUAUUUGGGUGAAUCUAGAAAAGGUAGGUGAUGCGGUCGCUUAGCAGCUAAGACACUGAACUUGACGAUUGAAAGGCUCAGUUCAGUGGUUCGAAUCCCUAGUGCCGCGUAAUGGGGUGAGCUCCCGUUACUUGUCCCAGCUUCUGCCAACCUAGCAGUUUGAAAGCACGUAAAAAAUGCAAGUAGAAAACUAGGGACCACCUUUGGUGGGAAGGUAACAGUGUUCUGUGCGCCUUUGGCAUUUAGUCAUGCCGGCCACAUGACCACGCAGACGCCUUCGGAGAGCACUGGCUCUUCGGUUUUGAAACGGAGAUGAGCACCGCCCCCUAGAGUUGGGAAUGACUAGCGCAUAUGUGCGAGGGGAACCUACACCUUCACAGAAAAGGCAGUGUUAAAGAUAAAGUCAAAUCAUCCUAAAACUAUGUAAUUCUAGCAGGAGAUUUAAGUGUCAAGGUGUGGGCCCUCUUACACAAUUUUGUACAACUGGGUGUUAUUCCUGCGGAUUAUUUUAUAAACGAUCUGCCCUGGUUUUCUAGAGACCCCAAAUGAAAUACAGCAGAUUGAGAACUGGUGUCCUUGAUCUAUAAAUGUAACUCCAUAUUUUAGGAGGCAAAGAACCUGGUUUUAUAUACCCCUUUACAUAUCAUUCAUGGUUUUAGAUUAUAUGUGUUUACAUGAAACAAGAUUGGGCUGUCUUCAGAUAUCUAAGUACAUGUGAGGGAGAUACAAAUCAUAAACCAUAGUCCAUUUCCAAACCAGAUCUGAUACUAGUUUAUCUGCAUCUCAUCUUAAAGACUAUUAGCUAAUCUCAAAGUCAGGCAGUAUAAAAGGCUCAAUUGGGCCAAAGAAGACACUAACGCAACAUCAAUCUUUCUGAACACUGAACAGACUCAGACUUGGAGAAACUCAAUUUCCUUCUGUAUCCAAGGUCUGAAUAAAAUUCUAACUCAUUAUAUAGAUAUGUGUGAAUUUCACUGAGAAAAAAUUUAACAGAUAAACUUUCUACUAGAAACUGACAGCAAAUAAGUUCAACUUGAGGUUAUUCUGUUUACAGCAAUGCACUAGCCCUAGAGAGCCCUACCAUUAAAAAAAAAAAAACUAUGCUAAAAUGUUAAAAAUUACAUGUGAUUACAAGAAAUUGAUAGCCUCUGAAGAAGCUUCUUUCAUGGGCAAAAUAUGGCCAGAUCUGGAAUUUUCAGCAAAAAAGACAAAUUCAAUUUCCUUUUGGAAUAUUUCAUCAGGUCCAUUGAAGUAACAUAAAUUCUAAUUUCCAUUCCAGUUUGGGAGGAUUUUUAUGCACUAUUCCUAACCAGAGCCUCCUGUUUUAUUUACUGUUCCUAAUCAGGGCCUCUCACGUAAGCAAAUUACUGAUAAACCUUUGAAAACCUUUCUCCUUGGUCAGGCAGGCAGGUAGGCAGAUGGUUAUCCAAUCUCUUCUGAAAAACUUCCAGUGUUGGAGCAUUCUGGAGACAAGUUAUUCCACUGAUUAAUUAUCAAGAAAUUUAUCCUUAGUUCUAGGUUGCUUCUCUCCUUGAUUAGCUUCUACCCAUUGCUUUUUGUCCUGCCCUCAGGUGCUUUGGAGAAUAGCUUGACUCCCUCUUCUUGUGGCAGCCCCUGAGAUAUUGGAACAUUGCUAUCUUUUCAUUAAACUAGACAUGGUCUCCGGUGUUAGUUUCAGAAAUCAAAUUUAUUAUUCAUUCACUGAAAUCUAUUGGCUCCUGGAGAAGAUUUUCUACCCCUACAACUCUUUAAGACACAUUGAUUGGUGGCCCUAUUGUUAGCAAGGCUGUUUUCCCCUAUAAAUAAUUUGGGUUGAACAUCAUGAAGGACUUGCUCAAUCUAGAUCUUUCCUGGGGCAAAGACACUCUCUUUAUGCACAUUAUAGUAGUCUUACUGCAGCAAAGCCCAUUAUCUUUGAAUCAGAAUGCAGAUUUGGUCAAGUGCAAGAGGCAUCAUAUUGUCAUAUUGAUCUAAACUGAAGUACUGUAGCUGAAAAGCUUGGAUAGCAACGCUGACUUGCCUUUUGCUCUAUUUUGAGAUUAGUACCAGGUAUCUGUUCAUCUAGGGUAUAGAAGUCAAUGAAAGUGAUACGUGUAGUUUAUAUUGAUUGACAUGGUGAGAGUUGAAAUCCACCAUUAGAUGGCACCAAAAUGGAGAAAGCUACACUAUAUUGCUUGUCAAUCUCAAAGAAUUCCUUUUUAGUAGAAAACAAGGGGCAGCAGUUCAAAAAUAUACAAGCUCUGCUAUUUUGCAUCAAAGUGAUUUGAACUGUGGCUUGCUACACUAUCCAAUGUUUGGAGGCCACACAUGAGAUUAGGCUUUGAUGCAGCUUUGCAUUUAAUGUGUGUGUUAAAAGAGGAGGGGGAAUUUAUUUCCUUUUGCUGCCUUUUAAAGGCUAAAAACUCAUAUUCUAGCUAUUGUUUUACACAGCUGAAUGCCGAUAAUUCUAUUGGCAAUUGUGAGUGAUUACUGCAUUAUGUGUACUCAGAAAAACUUAUUGUUUUGGAUGCUAAAAGAAUUAAUGAUACAUAAAACUAUGCUAUUAUUGGCUGCAUUCAUCAGCAGAAAUGUGUUGUGCAGCAUCACUGCUCUGUGUUUACCCCAAUCUCUCCCCUCCAAAGAAUACAAGAGAUGGGUGGAGACAAUUUAUUGUAGAACAUUUACAUACAUGUCAUUUACUUUCGGAAAAACUUAUUGAUGCUGAAGUUGAUUAUCCCACAAACCCAAGGGAGGCUGGUUCAUCCCUUGCCUUAAAACCAGAGCAAAUAGACUCAUUCUCUUUGGGGUUGAAGUAUAUUUUGUAUAUACUAAUAAAGCACUGUUGUGGCCCAUACGCGACCUGUGUGGCUGGUGGCUGAUUUGGACAGCGAGGAGGCUGGUGUGGUACUGCACCAGCAGCCUAUGCAGCUGGCACUCGAAUCGGACAAUGAGGCUGGAGAAGAUGUGGUUCCAGAGGCGGGGAUUCAGCCAGGGCCUUCAGAACCUCCAGAAGCUCCCUUAAGUGAAGAGGACGAAGAGGAGGAACCUCUUUGCGAUGCAUGGGCACGCAGAGCUGCCAAAAGACAGGAGUGGCUCCUCAGAAGGAGGUCACCUCGAGAGUAAGGCUUGGGGCUAAUUGGCCACUCCCUUAGCCUAUUUAAGGAGGAACGCCGACUGAAGCAAUUUGCAGGGAACAACUUCGUUCACUCUCCUUCGUGCCUUGAUCUUAGUUCUUGCAAAUUGCUUCUGGCCUUUCUGUCAACCGUAGUAAGAUUAAGAUUAUUUAUUCUUCGGAUUCUUGUAGGCUGUUAAGAAAGUUAAUUAACAACCUUUGUUUGAAAAAAAAAUCUGAUUUAAUUUAGUAAACUAAGGUUUGUACAGAC